AUGAGGCAACCCCGACUGUGUGCACACCUUUGCAUUUGUGCAUGCGUUACACCCUUCUUUCGAUCUGUAAUUAAUCUUCCCACCGUGCCUUGUUUUGGCUCUCAGUGGUGCAUAGAAUCAGUAAUGGAUUUGUCCGGCCUAGUGCCCACCAGUAAAGAACUGACGGAGGGGCAAAGGGAACACAUCAGGGACCUACAAUAUGAGAUUGACGAGAUAUGGAAUCGCCGUGGUGACUACAAAAUUGAUUCCUCUGCGUGGGAGCAGAUGCCAUUAUUCAUGGAGAAUAUUACAGAAGAGGAUUUACAGCGUAACGCAGAUUGCGCCGCUCUGGCCAGCAUCGCGUAUGAUGACGUCCCACCCGAGGAGGUCGCCGAGAGUAGGAAACAACACGGCAACAGAGCAAUUCAGUUGGCUCUCGACCCGAAGCAAGUGAACAAGGAGAAUCUCGCUCGCGCCACUGUUCACUGCUACACAGAAGGAUUAGCUGCCAAGUGUAAAGACCCCGUUCUGAAUUCGCAGCUGUAUGCGAACAGGAGUUUGGCACAAUACAUAAUCCAUAACUAUGGGCAUGGCUUGGAGGAUGCUCAGCGUGCCAUCAUUCUGGAUCCAGAUUAUUACAAGGCAUACUAUCGUGCCGCUCGAUGCGCGGAGCGCAUCGGGAAAUACGAUCUCGCACUGGACCUCCUUGCCAAAGGUCGUCGAACGAACCCCGCACCGGUUGGGCGCGCGUUGGAAGACUUCGUUGACAUCGAGCGUGUUUGUCGUGAGGGAAAGGAGAGGGCUGAGUCCAAAAAGAAGAAAGAAAACCUCAGCACGCGUGUGAAAGCGGCGCAGACCUCGAGCACACUUCGCUGUGUUACUUCCAGUGGUGUUCGCUGUUCGCCCAGAGCCGAGGUAUCAAGUGAACAGAUGGGGGUGUACGGGCACCACGAGCCCUACUUCGAUUCUGAGGGUCUGUUACAUGUGCCCAUACUUUUCAUGUAUGAUGAGUAUCAACAGACCGACUUUAUGCAAGAUGUGAGUUGUGAUGUGUGUGUAGGGGAGCUGCUGGACGAGUUGAUGCCCUUUCCAUGGGACGACAGGGGACGUUACCAGCGCAUUGACGAUAUUCUCGUCGUUUACAAAAUUGAUGGUGGUGUAAAGGACCCUAAGUAUUACGAAGUGGACCUUUCGCUGCCGCUUAUGGAAGUGUUCCGCUCGGAAUCAUAUCAAAUGCCUGCGCUUUUGCCUGUGCUGCACAUUAUUUGCAAACACUCCGAUAUGUUGACGGAGUGGGAUGUUCAGAUGUUAAGGUAG